AUGGCGAGGCUCCUGUUCUUGGUUCCCAAGCUGGGAAGCUCGAGACCGACGCCAGGCCGGUCGUGGCCAUGGAUCUGCAUCUCCUUCGUCCUCGGCCGAGACCAGAUCAAAAGUCUAAAGCAACUGGUGGUGGCCCAGAUCGAGGAAGGCAAGACCGAGUCGUUCCAUUGCUCCACGAUCGUCGUCUCGUACGCCUACGUGUGGCCGUGCCUGGUCCCAGCGCAGGGCGUUGACCGUGACAAGACUGCGCACUUGGCAUUCGCCGUCGACUGCAGGGGACGGCUGAGUCUUCCGCUACCGGCGGGGUACUUUGGGAGCUGCGUCGGUUCGUGCUACGUGGAGGUGGGGUCGGGCGAUACCGCCGGAGGAGACGACGACGGGUUCCUGGCGGCCUGUGAGGCCACCGGGAGGACCAUCGUGCGGCUCAAAGAGGGGUUGUUCGACGGCGCGGGGAGGUGGUUGGAGAAAAUGUCGUAUGUGCUGGCGAAUCGAGCCGUGAGCGUGGCAGGAUCGCCAAAGUUGAAGGUGUACGGGGUUGAUUUCGGGUGGGGGAGGCCAGAGAAGUUAGAGAUGACCUCCAUCAGGACCACCGGGGCAGAGAGCCCGGUGGGAGAAGAUCGGAUUUGUGUUGCCCAAGAAUGA